AUGUCCCGCAAACCCGCCGACGUGGCGUCAAAGCAACCCAACGAAUACAUCCCGUCCUUUAUCUCGAAGAAGCCGUUCUACGUUGAAGAUGACGACGAGGGCAACGAUUAUCUGGAGCAUCAGCGUUUGCAUAAAACAACCCAAGACCAGUCAAAAUGGUAUGAUCGGGGAAAGCGCUCUGGUCCGGCUGCGACCAAGAAACAAGGUGCCAAGUGGACUGGCAAGAACAUUGAAGCGGACGAGGUUCUUCAGAAGGUCGACAUGGGGUGGGAUGCCAAACGAGACCGAUGGAACGGCUACGACGCCAGUGAAUACCGCCAAGUCGUCGACGAAUACGAAGAAUUGGAGUCUAUUAAACGGGCCGCCAAGGAGGGUGCCGAUCUUCAAAAGCUCAUGGAUGCUGAAGAUGGCGAGGGUGCUCUGGAGGAGGAUAUUCGCUAUGCUGAAGAAUCCGAUAUGGGUCGUCAACAAAGUACAGCCACGCGAAACCUCCGCAUUCGUGAAGAUACCGCCAAAUAUCUCCUCAAUCUCGAUCUCGAUUCUGCAAAGUACGACCCGAAGACACGACGAAUGGUAGACAUGGGCGCACAGGAAGAUCAGGCUUCCGCACUGGUUGCGGAAGAGAACUUUGUUCGUGCCUCCGGAGACGCUGCCGAAUUUGAAAAGGCCCAGCAGUACGCCUGGGAAUCACAAGAGAAAGGAAUGGCUCAGAUCCACUUGCAAGCCAACCCCACCUCGGGUGAAGUGUUACGGAAGAAGGAAAAGGAAGAUACUGAGAGCAAACGUGAGACUCAGCGCAAGGCCCUCUUGGAGAAGUACGGAGGCAGCGAAUACCUGCAGGCGAAUGCUCUUCGCGAUACAGCGGUGAUCGAGAACGAACGAUUCGUGGAAUAUGAUGAGAGCGGCGCAAUCAAGGGUGCCCCCAAGAACGCCACCAAGUCCAAAUACGCCGAGGACAUCAAGGUCAACAAUCAUACAUCGGUAUGGGGUAGCUGGUGGCAUGCCUUCCAGUGGGGUUACUCAUGCUGUUUCUCUACUGUCAAGAACAGUUAUUGCACAGGUGAAGAUGGCAAGAAGGCUUUUGAAGAUGAAGGCAACAUGUUAAUGAUCGAGGAGGGCGGGGACAACGACGAUGAGCGUACUCAAGAUACCCAAGACCUUCAGUCUGAACCUGCGACUAGCUGGGCGAAACAAGAAGACUCCAGCGCGAAUGGAAAGAAGCGUACACUGGAGGAAUUGCGAACUGGGAUCACUGAAGAGGAAAUGGAGUCAUAUAAGCGGAGCCGAUUGGCUGCCGACGACCCCAUGGCCAACUUUAUUGGAAAGGACUAG